CAUCCGCAUAUCUUCCCACUCCUUACGCCAUCCGACAAUCAAAAGCCCCCAACCUCUCUCUCUUUCUCCCUCUCAACGAGAAACCCUAACUUAAAAUCCUCCUUUUAAGUUCCAGAUGUCCUCUCAUUUCCCUAUAAAAGACCUUGUUUUUUAAAUCUCCCGCUCAAAAUCGGCAAUCUACUUCGAUUCCGACCCAAUCUCCAUGCGUUUCAGCGUCUGAUCGUAUCGAAAACCCUAAAAUUUGAACAGAUUGGGCCUGAUUUCGAUCGGAAGAGGAGAAAAUCGCUAUUCUCACUCUCUAAAGGCAGAGCACCUCUCUGAUUUGAUUUUGUAGAAAUUUUUGAUCGUUUUGAGCUCUGGUCGUCUGAAAACCUAGGGUUUGAAUUGAUUAGGCCUGAUUUCGAUUGGAAGAGGGGGAAAGUCGCCAAGAUCGAAGGAUCCUUUCUUUUCAAGGGCGGAAAAUUGCUCUCGUUUCAUUCUGUUGAAAAUUUCAAGCGUUUGGACCUCCUAUCUUCUCAAGAUCGUAGAACCUGAAGAGAUUAAGUUUGAUUCCAAGAGUCGUCUGAAAUUUCGGAGGGGGAAAAUUGCUGGAAUCGGGUACAAGAUAGCCAUCCAUUAAUUCUGACAGGAAUUCAGAUGCUUCAACCUCUGAUCGUUUAAAGAACCUUGGGAUUUCAAGAGAGCAGAUCUGGUUUUGUCUGGAGGAGGGAUACUUGCUGUGGUCUUCGCAUCCUCUCUUUUUAGAGCUGACUUUUUGGGAGAAAGAAGAAGGAUUCAAAGGGGAAAAUGGCCGAUCAGGGCUUGGAAGGGAGCCAACCAGUAGAUCUUUCCAAGCAUCCGUCUGGCAUUGUUCCCACGCUCCAGAAUAUUGUCUCAACAGUCAACUUGGACUGCAAGUUGGACCUGAAAGCAAUAGCCCUGCAAGCCCGCAACGCAGAAUAUAAUCCCAAGCGUUUUGCUGCAGUCAUAAUGCGGAUAAGGGAGCCGAAAACAACAGCUUUAAUAUUUGCGUCCGGUAAAAUGGUUUGUACUGGAGCAAAGAGCGAGCAGCAAUCCAAGCUUGCAGCAAGGAAGUAUGCCCGUAUUAUUCAGAAACUUGGCUUCCCUGCUAAAUUCAAGGACUUUAAGAUUCAGAACAUCGUCGGAUCCUGCGAUGUCAAAUUCCCUAUAAGGCUGGAGGGUCUUGCUUAUUCUCACGGGGCUUUCUCAAGUUAUGAACCGGAGCUAUUUCCUGGUCUGAUCUAUCGGAUGAAGCAACCGAAGAUCGUUCUCCUCAUUUUCGUGUCUGGGAAGAUUGUUCUUACCGGAGCUAAGGUGAGAGAUGAGACUUACACAGCAUUCGAAAACAUUUAUCCCGUGCUUACUGAGUUCAGGAAAAGUCAGCAAUGAUGAACAGAGAUGAAGGUGCUGAGUUGGGGUUGCUGCGGAAGUGUGGGUUAAUUUACUGGUCCUAAUUAAUGGCAUGGCUGUCAAAGGGGCUAUUAUUUUCCUGUCUAACUUGUAAAUAGAGAGGCAAACAAAGGGACUGGUGGUCAGCUGAGCGGUAUGGGGUGGUUUUGCUCGUGUCAGAGUCUUUUGAUUUCGGAGCCAGCUCUGCUGCAAUUGUUAGCAUCUCUGUCCGCCCCCUCCUGCUACUGUGAUGGAGAGAUUCCCGGCCAAAGGAGAGGAGAGUUCUUAAAGAAGAAAGAGGAAAAAAAAAAUGUUGUGGACUUUUCUUAUUCUUUUGCUUAGAAUGUCUAUACUUUUUCUCCAGACACUCAAUAACGAAUUUUUUUUAAAUUUUUUUUUUUUUCCGUCUACUAAUCUUGCUUCUUCUAUACUAAUUGCGUACACUUUUCCUAUUCUACUAAUCCAGGCCUGUGCUAAUGACUAAUCAUUUAGUGGGCCACUUUGUAAUGGUUGUUUAAAGACACUUGUUAAUGGUUUCCAUUUGAUGUA